CCUCGCUGUAGCGCUUAUCUCUCCCAGACUUUCCCCCAUUCCCCUCGAACCCUAGCGGCUGCCGGCGACGACGCCGUCGCCUGGCCGCCCCGUGACCGACCACGACCUGCCGAGCUCCUCCGCGACACCCUCGACCCCGGUCUCCCGACGCCUGCUCCCUCUCUUCCUCAAGGACACAAACUCAAAGAUGGGAAAGGGUGACAGGGAGAAGGAAGCGAAGCGCCGACGACGCGGCCGCAGCAGCAAGAGAUCGCGCAAUGCCACACCCUCUUCGGACUCUGAUUCUUCCCCUUCGCCGGACUCCUCUCCUAGCCGCAGCCCCGGACCCCGGAGUCGCAGUAGCAGCAAACCUGAAAAGUCGUCCUCAUCUCGUCGCCGCCGCCAUCACCACAAGAGCAGUGGCCGCUCACGCAGUUCCCGUGACGAUGAUAGACAUCGUCACAGGCGGAGGCGCCGGGAUGAGCGUGCCCGUCACAGCAGCGAUGGCAGCGACAUGUCGGGAUCAGGCUCAGAUGAUUCAGGAUGGAUCGAGGAGGCGCAGGAAAUCGUCCGUGGCAUUCUCAGUGAAUUCCCUGCCAUCACCAGCGAGCUUCGUCAGCUUCUCCAAAUGAUAGAUAGUGGUGAAGGCAUUGAUAUUUCUGGAAUUUCUGACAAGCCAUUGGUGAAGCGUUUGAAGAAACUUUUCAGAUCCCUCAAAUUGAAAGAAAGUGCAAAUGGAGCUUACUUGCUUGCAGCAAAAGGUGUUCCUACCCUUGAUGUUGUUGGACCAGUAUUAGCAGCAAGUGCCAAACAUGGAAAUGAUCCAAAUGAAACUGUGGCACGAAAUAGACAACAAGUACCGUUGCCUAACUUUGACGUACAAAAUAAAGAUGACAUCCCUCCUGAAGAUGGAGGAAAAGUUGACCGGGAAGAGGACACCCCUAUAAAGAGGGUAAUUGGUCCUGCAAUGCCAUCACGUGAAUUACUAGCUGCAGCAGCCGAAAUGACAGAGGCUCUUAGGUGCCGGGAUGCUGAAUUGGAAGCUGAUGAUGGAUUUCUUAUAGGUCCUCCACCACCAGCCAUGGUCGCUGAAGCUGCAUCUGCAAAUGAAGCCGAGCGAUUUGAAGAGGUUACUCGAAUAUUGGGUGCUGAUGCAGACGCCCUCUAUGAUGUUCUGGGCAUAAAUUGGAAGAUGUCGUCUGAUAACAUCAAGAAAAGGUAUUGGAAGCUAUCUCUUUUAGUGCAUCCGGACAAGUGCCCUCAUCCUUCAGCACAGGAGGCUUUUGUGAAAUUGAACAAUGCUUUUAAAGACUUGCAAGACCCUCAAAAGAGAGGCGCAAUAGAUGAGAAGAUACAAAAGAAAGAAGAGAUGGAACAAUUCGAGGUUGAGCUUAAAGCAAUGCGCGAGGCUGCAGAAUGGAGACGAUUACAAGGUAUAUCUCUUGAAGGCGAUGAAGAACUUUUGGCAGUUCCGAAACAGCCAGAGGCACCGCCUACACGAGACGAAUGGAUGACUACAUUGCCACCUGAAAGAAAAGCUGGAGUACCAAUGCAUUCAACUACGGCAUUUAGCAUGAAUGGCAAAGAAGGACGUGGUGACACAAGUGCAUGGACAGAUAGUCCACUUGAUAGAGCCCAGAAAGCACAGCAAAACUACUUAGAAGCCUACAACAAAGCGAAGGCAAUUGCAGAUGGACAUGAAGAGCAGGGCAAAAGCGCAAAUGCUUCUCUUGUGGAUAAAUACAACUCCUCCAAGCGGUCGGUAUCUCUUGUGCAGAAGCACCGAGAGAACAAAAAGGAGAAAAAAAAGCAGAAGCAACAACGAGGGAAGGAAGAAUGGGAGGAGAACCACCCAUGGAAGCCGUGGGACCGUGAGAAAGACUUGACCGCUGGGCGGCAAAAUGUGGCUUUGGAUCCAGAGAACACGGCACAAGGAUUGUCGUCCCGUUUCUCAUCUGGAGCUGUGCAGAGGAACUUCCUGUGAGCAAUUGCAGUCAGGCUGCUCGAGGCAAUUGCAGUCAGACUGCUUGAGCAUGCCUUGAUUGGUGGCCAGUACGAUGGUACGUAUUUGUUUUCGGAUCCCGGAGUUGAUAGGGGCACAGAAACCAUAGAGAAUGUAAGGUUUGUGGCAUCUGCUAUAUGAACUAGGUUCGCAUGUUGUUUCCUGGAGAGAGAGCUGAAGUUAUUGCUUGUGAGUUGUUUCGAACUGUAUAACAAUACCAGGCAGGUCUUCGUUCAUGGCUCAUUACUCCCGAGUCCGAAGAACUAUGUUUUUAGAGUCAAAAGGAUGGAAUAAUGUUGUAUACUAUCCUGCUAUGCUACCAGUCAUUGGCUGAUGAUGCUAACCUACUGAUACUUAUUGCAAGUACAAUGAGCUUUUGCAAGUGAAA